AUCUUGAAAUGACGACGGAUAUGACUUGUACACGACUGACGAUCUAUACGGUCGCCGGAAUAAUCCUUCAGAUCAUCGGACUAUCAAUUUUUGUCUUCGGUUUCUUCCCCGUCAAGCCGACUCUCUCCGGCGUCAGUGGUUCGGAGAGCUAUCGUGAUCCUUUCUGUGAUUCUCCUCCGAAUUCGAAGGAGUCAGAGAUUCAUCCCGAGAAGCUGAGAUUGCUCUAUCAGGAGUUAUCUGGCAUCUCUUCUAAGUAUGAUCGACUGAUUUUGAUGGUGAUUGAUGGGCUUCCUGCGGAGUUCGUUCUAGGGAAGGAUGGUCAACCUCCAUGGAAGGUAUGGAAAGAGUCUAUGCCUUAUACACAGUCACUGUUGGCUAAUGGAGAUGCAAUUGGUUACCAUGCUAAAGCAGCUCCUCCAACUGUUACAAUGCCGAGGUUGAAGGCGAUGGUAUCUGGGGCAAUUGGUGGAUUCUUGGAUGUUGCUUUCAAUUUCAACACACAAGCCCUCUUAGAUGACAACCUUCUUGGUCAAUUCUUUAGAAUUGGUUGGAAAAUGGUGAUGCUCGGUGACGAGACAUGGCUCAAGUUAUUCCCGGGGACAUUUAUGAGAAGUGACGGCGUUAGCAGCUUUUUUGUCAAAGAUACAGUCCAGGUAGACAGAAAUGUGUCCAGACACUUGCCAAAUGAGCUUAAUCGUGAUGACUGGAAUCUCCUGAUCCUUCAUUACCUUGGCUUGGAUCAUGUUGGACAUACUGGCGGCCGUAACAGCCCCUUGAUGGCUUCAAAACUUCAAGAAAUGGAUGAUAUAGUUAGAACAAUGCAUUUAAGAGCCAUUGAUGACCGUAGCCAUGAUCAAGGACAGACCCUUUUGAUAGUAGUCAGUGAUCAUGGCAUGACUGAGAAUGGAAAUCACGGAGGAUCUUCAUAUGAAGAAACUGACUCCUUGAUGCUCUUUAUUGGCUUGAGUAGCAAUAUUUCUGACUAUGCUGCAGCUACCAAUAAUUUAGCUUUCCAGGUAGAUUUGGCGCCAACUUUAGCUCUUCUGUUUGGUGUGCCUAUCCCAAAGAAUAACGUUGGAGUCCUUGUCCCAGGAACACUUAAUUCUUUAAGAGAUUAUGAGAAACUACGAGCACUAGAACUGAAUUCCUGGCAGUUACUUAGACUAAUGCAAGCACAGUUACCAAGUUCCUUGUUUGAAGGCUUCUCCUGCAAUUGCUUCCUUGAUGGAACUUGUGAGGGUCUUGGUUCGGAUAUUAGUGAAUGCUCUGGGGAUAAAGAGAAACAACUUAUUUGCUUGUUUAGGAACGCUGCUGUUCUCCAUGGCAUUUGGAAGUCCAAGAAAUUGACAGAGUCUAGUGCCGUGGAAGACUUCAGCAGAGCUUUAAAUGCAUAUAACGCCUUCUUGAAACCUGCAAGUGAGUGGUUAGCAAGCAAAACCACUGAAAAACCAGUUUACUUACUCGGUCUUGGGGUGAGUGCCAUGCUUAUUUCAUGCAUCGUCUGUGUCACUGUCUUUCUAUCCCUAUUCAAAGAGGUUUAUAAUGAUUCCAAGGAUCGAAUCUGCAGUUUGAGUAAUCUAUUGAGUUUGGAAGAGGGGUUCAUUUUGGCUGUUCUUUUGAUCCUCGUUAUAAGUAUGGGAUCUAGUUCAAUGGUGGAAGAAGAGCAUUACAUAUGGCAAUUUAUGGUAUCGACAUUCUACUUUCUGCUACUUCUCAAGACAAUAAAGUCAUUCAGUUUUUCCAAGGGUCUGAACAUACUCGGAGACUAUAAAGUCGGUUCUAUCUUCUCGCUUCUUAUCUCUGGUAGGCUACUGAGAGGUUGGCAUCAAGGGGGCGUGAACUGGACUUGCCUUCCUGAUAUUUCUAAAUGGCUAGAGCAAGUUGGUAGUGGUUAUGUCAAAUGGAUUCAGCUAAUCUCAAACUUCCUUGUUAUUGGCCUAGGAAUGUUCACUCUCUUUCGAACAGGAUCUAAGAGAAAAACUGUCCGCAUCUUAACAUUUAGUUCCUCAACUUGUGGGUUCCUAGUCUUGCUGCAUGCCGGGAGAUAUGGGGAUGAUAUGUUUGAAGUGUCAACCGAUUAUGGAGCCACUGUCAUAGCAAAACUUAUCUAUUUGAUACUUUCUCUAUCCGCCAUUGGAGCUGCUUCAGUUUUGCCAUGGUGUAUGCUAAUCAAAGACAAGUCCUUUCUAGCUGAAGCAGGUGAUUGCUUGUAUUUGAUUGGCGCUGUAUACAUACUAUGCUGGUGUCUUCUGCAGCUACUUCUACAACAACCGAUCAACUCGGGGCCCAUACUUUUGCUGCUGAUCCAAAUCCUAGCAAUUACAGGUCUCUCUUCUAAAGAUUUGCAGGUCAAAGAAUGGGUUGAGAUUGCUGCACUCUACUACAUGGGAAUGGCAGGUCACUUUGCUCUUGGAAACAGCAAUACUUUAGCAACCAUCGAUGUUGCUGGUGCUUUUAUUGGAAUCUCUAGUCAUUCGACAAUACUUUCUGGGAUUUUGAUGUUCAUGAUCACCUACGCAUCUCCCCUGUUGUUUCUUUUAUCCUUGGUGAUGUACAUUGGUGCAAAGCUAAGAAACCACUCACACUCAACAAUAAUGGCUCACCGCGCCAAUGAUCUAGGACAACUCUUGAAGCUAACGCUCGGGUUCCCUUGCCUUGUUCCUCUCUGCAUCAAUUCAAUACUCUUGACGGCAUACACUGUGGUCCUGCUACUCAUGAGGAAUCACCUUUUUGUGUGGAGCGUCUUCUCUCCCAAGUAUCUGUAUGUAUGUGCAACCACUCUUUGUACUUACAUUGGAGUUUGUAUCGUCGCUGUUAUUGUUGCCUACACUCUCUCUGUCACUACAUUCCUUAGAAGCAAUACAACAACUCGUAGACUAGUAUGUAGUUAAUCAUGAUUUGAUGUAGAAUUGGAUUUUGUUAACUUUUGAAAGUAUAAUUGUGUAAUGUCGACAUUAAUUAAACUUUUGUCUAUGUGUUUUUUUUUAGUG